AAGGAUUGGGUCCAGUAGCUUCGGGCAAGGUCUAUAAAUAGAUUACCCUUGUACUGAAAUAGUUGAACUGUAUUGAACAAACAUAUUCUGAAUACCAAUCCUUUCCCCCUCUCCAAGUCUGUAUUCUUCUCUGUUCCUUCUAAAUUCCAGAUUCUAUCUCUAAUUCUUCUUGCUGAGAUCUCGGGUCGUAACAUCUUAGUAUCAGAGCUCGUUUCCAUCCUGGAGAAGCCAAGGUUCCAAACGCGGCUACAGCUUCAAGUCGAUGCCAUGGAGAAACAAGCGGGAGGAUUCGAGAAGAUGCUUGAGGGAAUCCAGAACGCCAUCGGCGCCGUUGCGGUGAAGCAGGAUGAAACACAAGCGGUGGUGCUCCAGAUGGAUAAAGCGAUGGCUAGCUGGCGACCUCAAGUGGAUGCAGCAGUCAAGGGACUUCAAUCUGAGAUGGGUGAGCUGAAGAAACAAGUGGAGAUUCUGGAGAAGCUUCGUGGCGAGUUGGGCAAUUCGUCGAACAUGUUGCAGGUAGGUGCCAUCUCCACGCGGAAGCAAGGCGACGACAACGAUCAACGUCCACCGCUACUUCCCACGCCGGAGUCGUUCGUUGCUUCGACGUCGGCGGGAGAUUCUGGCUCAAAUGGCCACCGCGUUGCAAUCAACAACCGGGGGAAGGCAACAGGAGUGAUUAUUCCUCCUGUGCCACCUCCUGUCACGGGUACGACUAAUUCUCCAUUUCCCCAUCACUUUGCUUGUGAUUCAUUGCAUCGGGAUGAAGUUGGGGGUUCUGAGGAUCGAGGCUAUAAUCACCGGAUUCCGAAAUUGGAUUUUCCACAGUUUGAUGGGGUAGAUCCACAAAAUUGGCGUAUGAGAUGUGAGCAUUACUUUGGGGUUUAUGGUACUCAUCCAAUACUUUGGGUCAGGGUGGCUACCAUUUACUUUACGGGAAGAGCAGCCUCGUGGUUACGCUCGUCGAAGGCUCAUUUGCGGUUUUCUGAGUGGUCGGAUUUUUGCUUAGCAGUGGAUAGGAAAUUUGAUCGAGAUAGGCAUCAGAUGUUGAUUCGUCAGAUAGAGCAGAUUAAGCAAACCGGGACGGUGGAGGAGUUUUAUGAGCGUUUUGAUGAUGUUAUGAAUCAAUUGCUUGCUUAUGAUCCUAUGUACAAUCAGCUCAUGAUUGUGCAUAGGUUCACUGAAGGGUUGCGUUUUGACAUUCGUCAUGCUGUUAUGAUGCAACGUCCUCGCGACCUAGAGACUACUCUGGCUAUUGCUUGUUUACAGGAGGAAUGGAUGGAGACUCAGAAGCCCAAGGAAUUUCGUAAAUUGGGUGAUCAUGUUCCGCGGAUUAAAGGAGCUUAUCCUCUUCCUCUUCCUCCUACCAAGGUGUCGGAAUCUAGUGCAGGGGCUAGCAAGUCUUCAUCUGAACCUGUCAAGACUACUGCUAUUGCGGAUAGAAUGCGAGCUCUCAAGGCUCAUCGGCGAGCCCAAGGUCUCUGUUAUAUUUGUGCAGAGAAAUGGUCACCAUCUCACAAGUGUUCAGGUUCUGUGCAAUUGAAUGCUGUUCAGGAGGUAUUUGCUCUACUGCAACAAAAUGACAGUGAUUCUGGUAAUUCUUCGGGAGAGGAUACUGAGCCUCAUUCUCUGUUCUCUUUGUCAGUCCAUGCUAUUCAGGGUACAACUACUGCUCAAACUAUGCGUUUGCAAGGGAUUAUUCAGGGCUAUGAUAUUCUAAUUUUAGUAGACUCUGGUAGUUCCUGCAGUUUCAUCAGUUCUUCAGUGAUGCCUCAGUUGUCGAAUCUGAUACAGUUACCUGUUUCUUUUCAAGUUAAGGUGGCUAAUGGACAAAUGUUGUCUUGUGAAACUGAAUUGGCUAAUGUUUCUUGGUCAGUUCAGGGACAUCAUUUUUGUUCUGCUUUGAAGGUGUUACCACUUCAGAGUUAUGAUAUGAUUUUAGGAAUGGAUUGGUUGGAGCGGUAUAGCCCUAUGGAUAUUGACUGGCAGCAGAAAACAAUUCGGUUUACAUUGGAUGGUCAGCUGAUUACUUUAUGUGGGGUGGUUCCAUCAGUACCUGCUAAUCCUGUCUUAUCGGUCCUGGAAUUACAUCAAUUAUAUCAGUCCGGUUCUAUUGAAGGUCUAGUUCAGUUAUACACCCUUGAUUCUGAGUCUAGUUCUGAUUUGCCAAUUCCGGACAAUAUUCAGCAAUUGUUACAGAGCUUUGCGGAUGUGUUUCAAGAACCACAAGGACUUCCUCCUGUUCGCGAAUGUGAUCACACCAUUCCGUUAAUUCCUGGUGCGCAACCAGUUAAUGUUCGCCCUUAUCGUUAUACACCAUUGCAGAAGGAUGAAAUUGAAUGCCAAGUUGUUGAUAUGUUGGACAGAGGUAUCAUCAAACCCUGCUCAAGUCCUUUCUCUUCUCUGGUUCUUUUGGUCAAAAAGAAAGAUGGUUCUUGGCGGUUUUGCGUUGAUUAUCGCCAUCUUAAUGCGAUUACUGUCAAAAACAAAUAUCCUUUGCCUAUCAUUGAUGAACUCUUGGAUGAAUUAGCGGGUGCUUGUCGGUUCUCUAAAUUGGAUUUGCGUUCCGGCUAUCAUCAAAUACGCAUGCAUCCAGAUGAUGAGCAUAAGACUGCCUUUAAGACGUAUCAUGGGGAUUUUGAGUUUCGUGUGCUUCCUUUUGGGUUGACUAGCGCUCCAGCAACAUUUCAGAGUAUUAUGAACUCAGUUCUAGCUCCAUAUCUGCGUCGCAGUGUAUUGGUGUUUGUCGAUGACAUCCUUGUUUACAGUCACUCUUUGGCAGAGCAUGAAGUGCAUUUGCGCCAAGUUUUGCAGAUCUUAUCUGAUAAUCACUUGAAGGUUAAGCAAUCAAAAUGUUCUUUUCCUCAGCCCCAGUUGGCUUAUUUGGGUCAUGUGAUUAGUGCCAAUGGAGUAGCUACUGAUGAGGACAAAAUCGUGGCUGUUCGGAAUUGGAUUACUCCUACAUCAGUCAAAGAAUUGCGCAGUUUUCUUGGGUUAUCAGGCUAUUACCGCAAGUUUGUGCGCAAUUAUGGGAUUAUUUGUAAACCAUUGACUAACUUGUUGAGGAAGGGACAGUUGUUUGUCUGGACAUCUGUUCAUGAGGAGGCUUUUGUUACUCUGAAAUCUGCCUUGAUCUCAGCUCCUGUUUUGGCCAUGCCAGACUUUCAGAAAUAAUUUGUUGUCGAAACAGAUGCAUCUGACAAAGGAAUUGGUGCUAUCUUAAUGCAGUCAGAUCACCCUAUUGCUUUCCUCAGUAAAGCAUUAGGACCUCGCACUCAAGGUCUCUCUACUUAUGAGAAGGAAAGUUUGGCAAUUAUUUUGGCUAUGGAGCAUUGGAGAUCAUAUCUGCAACAUGCUGAAUUUGUAAUACGGACUGACCACCAUAGUUUGGCCUUCUUAGAUAAUCAACGAUUGUCCACCACUUGGCAACAGAAAGCUCUUACCAAGUUAUUGGGGUUGCGUUAUCGCAUUGUCUAUAAAAAGGGUUUGGAAAAUGGAGCUGCUGAUGCGUUAUCUCGACAAUCUCCUGUUGAUAUGGUGGAGAUUUCGGCGCUAUCUGUCAGUAUUCCUGCUUGGCUGCAGGAGGUACCUCUGGGAUAUGCUACUGAUUCUGACACUCAGUGGAUUCUUACUUCUCUGCUUAAUAAUGGAAAGCAUCAUGCACAUUAUGAAUUGCAAUCUAAUAUCUUGUAUUUUAAGAAAAGGAUUUGGAUUGGUAACAAUAAAUCUUUGCAACAGCAAAUUCUGGCCAAUUUGCAUACUGCAACUGUGGGUGGACACUCUGGUAAUUUGGCUACUUAUCAUCGAGUGAAGCAACUUUUUGCUUGGCCAGGUUUAAGGCAAUCUGUGCACAAUUUUGUUCAGGCUUGUGAUGUUUGUCAACGAGCUAAGUCUGAGCAUAUCAAGUUACCUGGGCUAUUACAACCUUUGGAAGUACCUGAUCAUGCUUAGCAAGUCAUUUCAAUGGAUUUCAUUGAGGGUUUACCAUUAUCAGACCAUUGCAAUGUUAUUUUGGUCAUUGUGGAUAAAUUUUCGAAGUUUGCUCAUUUUUUGGCUCUUCGACAUCCUUACACAGCUUUGUCUGUAGCUCAACUUUUUAUGGAUCACAUACAUUGCAUUCAUGGUCUGCCUUGUGCCAUCAUUUCUGACCGAGAUCGGGUAUUUACUAGCACUUUGUGGAAGGAGUUAUUUUUAAGAGCUGGCACUCAAUUGCGAAUGAGUUCUUCUUAUCAUCCGCAAACUGAUGGACAAACAGAGAGGGUUAAUCAAUGUUUAGAGACAUUUCUUCGUUGUUUUGUGCACUCUUGCCCCAAACAGUGGAAGCAUUGGUUGGGAAUGGCUCAGUUUUGGUACAACUCUUCUUACCAUUCAACCAUUGCUAUGACUCCUUUUGAAGCAUUGUUUGGUCAUAAACCAUCCUAUUUCGGAUUAACUAUUACUGCCGUUGAUGCUCCUGUGAGUUUGGCUUCCUAGUUGACUGAUCGCAAUAACAUGAGUGCUUUGAUUCAUCAUCAUUUGCUGCGGGCUCAGCAACGCAUGAAACAUCAAGCAGAUUUACAUCGAUCGGAGUGUGUCUUUACAGUGGGUGAUUGGGUGUUCCUUAAGCUCCAACCAUAUGUGCAGCAAUCUGUCAUGACCAGGGCCAAUCGGAAAUUAUCUUUCAAAUUUUAUGGACCUUUUCAAGUCUUGCAACGAGUGGGCAGUGUGGCUUAUAAGUUGGAUUUGCCGUCUACAAGUAUGAUCCAUCCUGUUGUGCAUGUCUCUCAAUUGAAGAAGGCAUUGGCACCAGCUGAACAAGUUCAGGCUUCUCUUCCCACACUAGAUUCUGAAAUUGGUCCGUUAGCUGUUCAUCAUCGUAUUUUGGAACGCCACCUUCGUCAACGGGGUGCCAAACUAAUUGAACAAGUUCAGGUUGAAUGGAAGGGUACUUCUUCUCCAGCUAUUACAUGGGAGAAUCUUGAGGAACUUCGUCACAAGUUUCCAGCUGCACCAGCUUGGGGUCAAGCUGGUUCUCAAGGAGGGAGGAAUGUCACACCAGAGUAUUCGUCAUCAGGCUCAGGCGCGGGAGGAAGGAUCAAAUCAAGUGGGCCGUCGGCUACCGCUCGGCCCAGACGGGAGAGGCGUGACAACCCGCACGUGAAGGGGAAGGAUUGGGUCCAGUAGCUUCGGGCAAGGUCUAUAAAUAGAUUACCCUUGUACUGAAAGAGGUGAACUGUAUUGAACAAACAUAUUCUAAAUACCAAUCCUUUCCCCCUCUCCAAGUCUGUAUCUGCUCUGUUCUUCUUUGUUCCUUCUAAAUUCCAGAUUCUAUCUCUAAUUCUUCUUGCUGAGAUCUCGAGUCGUAACAUAUGGCUCGCUGGGACGAGGCCGGGCCAACAGGACGCUGCUGCUCCCUGGUCUGACGGGCGCUAGGAGCUAGGCUGUUCUCAAAUCGACGGAGGAGGAGGAUGAGGAGCUACGGGCUGGUUGUAGCAACAGCCUUUCCUACAUUACUCAGCUCACAUUUGGAGCGAUUUGGUUUCAUGCCGUAACAUUUGGCCACUUAUAGU